AUGCAAACAGAAAAAGUAAUUGAACAUAUAAUACAAUGGCUCAAAGAUUAUCAUCAAGGUAGUCGUACAAAAGGUUUUGUUGUCGGUGUAUCAGGUGGUAUUGAUUCAGCUGUUGUAUCAACAUUAUGUGCUCGAACAGGUUUGCCAGUACUUGUUUUGGAAAUGCCUAUUCGGCAAUCAUCAAAUGAAAUACAACGAAGUCAUACUCAUAUCAAUUGGCUUACAUCAAAUUUUUCAAAUGUUAGUGGAGCUGAAGUUAAUUUAGCAGAUGUUUUUGAAACAUUUGAAAAAACAGUUACAAAAAGUGAAGUUAAUGAAACAAAUUCAUCAUCAGAACUUGCAUUUGCUAAUGUGAGAUCACGUUUAAGAAUGGUUAAUUUAUAUUAUUUUGCUUCAAUUAAAAAUUAUCUUGUUGCUGGUACAGGAAAUAAAGUUGAAGAUUUUGGUGUUGGAUUUUUUACGAAAUAUGGUGAUGGUGGUGUUGAUUUAAGUCCAAUAGGUGAUUUAUUAAAAUCAGAAGUACGUACUGUUGCUGCAGCAUUAGGUGUUUCUAAAGAAAUAAUAAUAGCACCAUCAACAGAUGGACUUUUUGGUGAUACUCGAACAGAUGAAGAUCAAAUAGGAGCUACUUAUGAUGAACUUGAAUGGGCUAUGACUUAUGUUGAAUCAAAUAAAGCAAAACAAGAUGAUACAACAUUAACUGAUCGACAAAAACGUGUUGUAGAGAUUUAUAAUCAACGACAUGCAGCAAAUUUACAUAAAAUGAUAGAAAUUCCACGUUGUAUUAUUCCAUUAGAAUUAAAAACAAAAUAA